GGAAGGCACUCACGCAGAGAGUGAGGGAGUUGGAAGAUGGCGCGCCCUAUCGAUGGAGGAGGCUUGGAGGCUUUGCACCGACUGAAAUCGACAGAGCCUCCUCAAUGGCUCUCCCCGUCUUCUGAACUAUCCCAAGCUGCUCGAAUAGCUUCUCAGUAUCUCUUUUCUUCUCUGCAGCCUUUCUGCCCCAAAUCGCCCUUCGAUAGCCUCCUCGUCGAAGGGUUCGACGCCGAGCAGAUAUGGCAGCAGAUCGACCUUCAAACACAGCCUCUGGUAUCGAAUCUUAAAAGAGAGCUGAAGCGAUUCGAGAAGAAUCCCGAAGAAAUUUUGAAGCUUCUUGGUGAAGAGCUCGUAAAGAAAGCUGCAAAGGAGAAAACUGAGGAAGUUUCUGAUAAGGAAGCCGAGGGCUUCGAGGAAGAAAAUGGAGGAAACGAUGGUUCGGAGGAUUUUGAAGACAUUGGAGAUGAAGAGCUGGGUAGUUUGGAUGAGGAAGAUGAAGAGGAAGAAGAAGAAGAGGAAGAAGAAGAAGAGGAUGAAGAGGAAGAGGAAGGUGGUGAUGCCGGUAAUGGUGGCGGCGGCAUUGAGGAUCAGUUUCUGAAGAUUAAGGAGUUGGAGGAGUUUAUGGAAAAGGACGAGGAGAGGGAGUAUGGAGUUUCCAAGAAGAAACAGCACAAUGAUCGUGAGGCUGAUGAUGGCGAUGAAGAGGAAGAGGGCAGUGAUGAAGAGGAAGAGGAAGAAGACGAUGAUGAGCUUGGGGGUCUUGGUGUUGAUGGUUUUGAAGAUGAAGGCACAGAUAAAAUGGAAGAUGCCAGAUAUGAGGACUUCUUCGCACAUAAAAAGAAAAAAGGUCCAAAAAGAAGGUCUGAACCUCUUGAUGGAUCAGAAGAUUCUGAUUCGGAUGAUAGGCAAGAGGAUGAAAUGUUUCUUGAGAAUCAGAAGAAAGAAAAUCUUUCUACCCAUGAAAAGGAGCUUGAGAAGCUUCACUCCAAAAUACAGCAAAUGGAGAAAGCGAACUUGGAGCCCAAGACAUGGACUAUGCAGGGAGAGGUAACUGCUGCUAAAAGACCAAAGAACAGUGCUCUAGAAGUUGAUCUAGAUUUUGAGCAUAAUGUAAGACCUGUGCCAGUGAUCACAGAGGAGGUCACUGCAUCCCUUGAAGAUUUAAUUAAAAAAAGGAUUCUUGAGGGGCAUUUUGAUGAUGUUCAAAGAGCACCUAGUUUGCCAUCAAAAGCACCAAAAGAACAUAAAGAGCUGGAUGACAAUAAGAGCAAGAAGGGUCUAGCUGAAAUUUAUGAGGAGGAGUAUGUACAAAAGACUGAGCUAGCUUCUGCCCCACUGUCUACCUCAGAUGAACAGAAGAAAGAGGCAAGUCUUCUAUUCAAGAAACUCUGCUUGAAGUUGGAUGCCCUGUCUCAUUUCCACUUCACACCAAAGCCUGUCAUUGAGGACAUGUCUGUACAAGCAAAUGUCCCUGCCCUGGCAAUGGAAGAGAUUGCACCUGUUGCAGUGUCAGAUGCAGCUAUGCUGGCCCCCGAGGAGGUGUUUGCUGGCAAUGGUGAUAUUAAGGAAGAAACAGAACUAACACAAGCGGAGAGAAAGAGGAGGAGAGCUAAUAAAAAAAGAAAAUUUAAGGCUAAGACAGCUAAAAAGCUGGCAAAGAAGGCACGCAAUGACACAGUAUUGAAGCAUUCCCAUGAUGAGGAAGCAUCAUGAAUUCCUGGUGGGAUUUCAGUUAACAGAAAUAUCCUCCACAUCCCAUUGGCCUACUUGAAAUAGCAGAGAGGGAGAAGGAUGAGGGGGACUAGAGGACCCCAAGGAGAGAAGGGGAUCUUUAAGGCAGCUUGAAGCCUGAAGAAUUGUCUGGUUUGCGGAUGUAAUCUUGAAAUUAGCAAGAAAAUUUUGAAGCUAGUUGUCUACGAUGUAUUUUUUCUUUUUUUUGGGUUCGUUGUAAUUUCUAGGUAUUCCGUGUUUUUUUUUUCCUCCUUUUUCUCCCCUUUAAAGGUCCGGAGGCAAUCCCGUAGUUAUGAAUUCAAUUACCAAAUUCAUUUUCUAUUUUUUUUUCGCAUAUAUCUUUAUGAGGAAAUGAUAAAAGAGAGGGGAUUUACUACUUUAUUCUUUUAA